AAAAUAUUAAAUUUCUAAGACAACUAAAUAGAAAAUUUAAUAACAUUAAGUCAAUUUUAUUGCUCAACGACAAUGAUGUUGUAGUUGGAGAAGAACAUGAUAUCCCUGACCAGCAGCCAGUUAUCCAUGAGGACAGUCGGUCAGUGGAAACUAUACUGAAAAUAACAACAACAGCUGAAGACAACAACAUUACUAAUCAACAACAACGACGACGACAACUAUCGAUUGUCGGACAACCAGACGAUUUGGUAACACUAGAGAUGUCCAGCGGUUCGACUACUGGCCAUCAAAAAGCUAUUAUUUGGACAAACCGUCAGUGGUUGGCACUGAUGGCCAUUGAACAGCAUCGGGAAGUACUGCCGCUGACCGCUGCGGACAUAAUGCUAUCGCGAACAUCGUUUCACUUAAUGGGUGUACGCUAUCUAUUCUAUACGAUAGUAGCCUCGGGUAGCGCACAGUUAGUCAUAACUACUAAUAGACUACCCAAUGAUAAAAUAUUUCAAGCAAUACAUGACUAUAGUGUGACCAUGUAUUUUGCUGUACCGACCGAACUAUGGUUUCUGGCCAAACAUUACCGUAAAUAUGAUAAACAAUAUUUGAAAUCAUUGCGUGACCUACGAGUUGGCGGCGAUUCACUAACUAAUGAAGUUUAUAACAAAAUCAAUCGAUUGUAUGGAUUCAAUAAAUUUAGAAGAACUUAUGGUAUGUCUGAGUGUGGUUUAGUAUUUAUAGUGCCGUCCAGUGAACAGAAUAUUGCUAACCAUACGGACAGUAUUGGCAAAGUCGGUCCCGGACUGGAAGUCAAGAUUAUUGACACAAUUAGUGGCAAUAGUUUACCGGCCAAUCAAACGGGACAGAUAUGUAUACGCGGACCAACUCUAACACCUGGAUAUUAUGGUAAUCCCAGUGCUACCAAACAAUUGUUUACCACCGAUGGCUUCCUAUUAAGUGCUGAUCUCGGAUACUAUGAUGAGAACGAGUACUUCUAUUUUGUCGACCGAUUGAAAGAUGUUAUUAAAUUUGAUGAUAAAAAUAUUUCGCCAAAAGAGCUGGAAUUGCAACUAAUGACACAUCCGUUGGUCGAUAUGGCGGCUGUUUUGGGUAUCGAUGACCAACAGUACGGACAGAUACCCCGGGCUUUUGUUACACUUAUAGCCACCGAUACCGCCGACAAUACUGAUGAUACUGAUGGGGUGAUGAAGCUAAGGGAACAGGAUAUACAACAGUAUGUCAAUGAAAGAGUCAAUGUAUACAAACAGUUAAGGGGUGGUGUUAAAAUAAUUGAUAAAAUGCCCAUGACCAGUUUGGGCAAAAUUAGCAAGGCUAAAUUAAGAGAGAUAUAA